GCGACUUUAAGACAAGUUCCAAAACACUUACACUCUGCGGGUGUCGGAGAGUUUACGGAGGAAAUGUACCAAAGCGCACUUGUUGCAGGCAAGAGGCGGGAGAAAAAAGGUUUCAUGACUAUUGGCAUUCCGACUGCGUCCAGACCAAAUGGUACCCAAUACAUUCAACUGACCCUAGACUCGCUGAUAAAUAACACCGACGUCAACGAACGUCAGAGCGUCACCAUUGUCGUCUUGUUGGCGGACCGAGAGAUAACGUCGCGAGAAGCGAUCAACGUUCAGCUGCUUCAUAAAUACCGAAAGCAUUUCCAGUCAGGUCUACUUCAAACUAUCGAAGCACCGGACAGUUUUUAUCCAACUUUGUACCCGACCCCACCCGAUUAUCUAGAAAUGACGUACAACCACAGCGUUUCCCGCGUCAGGUGGCGCUCCAAGCAGAACUUAGACUUUGCCUUCUUGAUGACGUACAGCGAGCGCAUAUCCGAAUACUACCUUCAACUGGAGGAUGACCUUAUUACAGUGCCUGGUUACGUCACAGCUAUCAGAAGAUUCAUGGGAAAGGUUCCCGAAUGGGUGUGCCUGGAAUUCUCAGAGAUCGGAUUCAUUGGAAAGUUUUACCGUUCUCCAGACGUUGCGAAGCUAGCCAAAUUUCUUACCUUAUUCUACAGCGAGCAACCAAAUGACGUCCUCUAUCUUCAUUUAAAUGAAAUUAAUCUACAGUUUAAACGAUAUGUGUCUCGACCGACAAUAUUCCAACACGAAGGUAUACAGUCGUCUCUGUUAGGCAGACGACAAGAAAUGGUGGAUAUCAAUUUCCAGUUGUGGAAUCGUCCGUCUUUGCCAGUGCACAAGCGACAAAAGUGGGGGAUAUCGGGUCCAGAACGAACAGAGUAG